GAUUACGGCAAAUCGACCCGGCUAUUAGCCGCGGCCACUUUGCGCAACAUUUUGGGCACUAAAACAUUGGCCGAUAUUUUAAGCGAAAGGGAAAACAUUAGUACAGGUGUUCGUCGACUGUUAGACAGCGCCACCAAAUCAUGGGGUGUAAAUGUGGAAAGGGUUGAAUUAAAAGACGUGAGAUUGCCGGCUAACCUACAGAGAAGUAUGGCUGCCGAGGCUGAGGCCGGUAGGGAAGCCAAGGCUAAGAUUGUGGCCGCGGAGGGCGAACAGAAAGCCUCGUUUGCAUUGCGCGACGCGUCCGAUAUACUCAACUCAGACCCCACGGCACUGCAGCUCCGGUACCUCCAGACGCUCACCAAUAACGCCGCCGAAAGGGAGUCAACCAUUUUGUUCCCGAUCCCCAUUGACAUGUUCGAGUGCUUUGGCCAGUCGUUGCAGCCGUUCGAGAAAGCAUAA